UUUCAUAAGUACAUAAUUAAUACGAUUCUCUGCUUUAUAACAUUACAGUAUAUUAUUUUAAUAUAUUGUAUAUAUCUUGUCGGCGAUGAUCAAAGUACCACUGGAGCGCCACAUAACACGAAUGGUAUAAAAUAUCGUCAAUGAUACUUCCGGUUCGUUUUCUGACAAGUGGGUGAUGGCUGCCUGACAUUUCGCAUUUGUUAAUUUCAUUGAGUUAUGGUUCACGAGGUACGUUGUUCGUCCUCAUAAAUGAAAGGAUAAUAAUUGCAUUGUUCAUUCGAGCAAGCGACGGAACGUAAGAAAAACGCUUUCGCAUUCCGGCAGAUAUAUGCACGAAAGGACACGUAGUAACUUUCGGCAAAAUGAUCAAAACAGGAGAGGAUAACCUAAAACAUUUGCACUACCCGCAAACAGUAGAAUUCAAUGGACAAGAAGAUCAACACUCUGUUGAAUUAUAUAGUACAGAAGUUACUGUUAUUCCCUCACCUGGAGGGCACAAUCAUGGUAGUUCAAAGGUGAAGUUAAAGAAUAUUGUUGAUUUUAUGUGGGAACAUAAUUUUUACCCUGGACAGUUAUUGGCUGUUCAUAUGUCUGGAAAGUAUUUAGCUUAUGGAAUUAAAGUUAGUAAUGGAGGAAAUAUGGUGAGAGUGGUAUGCCAAGAAUACGAACAAAGAGCACUAUUAAGGGGAAUGCGUGCGGCGAUACAAGAUCUAGCUUUUGCGCAUGUUUCAACUGCAAUUUUAGCAUGUGUCGACUUGUGUGGAAAUCUUUUUAUACACACUAUUGAAUCAACAAUAUCUGAACUGUCAUGUAGUUUAUUACUACAAGUAGAUGCAGCUGACCCAGUGAACACUGAUCACCGUGUAAUAUGGUGUCCAUAUAUUCCUGAGGAUGCACCAUCCGAUGGAGAUGAAGUUUCUAAACUUUUAAUUUUAACUCGUGGUUCAAAAGCAGAGUUGUGGUCAGUUAAUACUGUUACAUCAAGAUUCAGAUCAAUAGAGGCAACCGAUCCAGUCGCUAAGGAAAAUGGAGGCAUGUUGGAAAUUGAUCAACAUUCCGAUACGAUCGUCGAAGCGACCUUUAGUCCUGAUGGCACAGCUUUGGCUACUGCAAGUUACGACGGAGAAGUAAAAUUCUUCCAAGUUUACUUACAUGGUAACUCUCAUGGUAAUCAAGCACAACCGCGCUGUUUACAUCAAUGGAGACCACACGGUGGUCGACCUAUCUCAUGUUUAUUUUUCUUAGAUGAUCACAAGACAUACCAACCCGAUGUACAAUUUUGGAGGUUUGCCAUAACUGGUUGCGACAAUAAUACAGAAUUAAGAGUAUGGUCGUGCGAACUAUGGACUUGCUUGCAGACUAUUAAAUUCGCGCCAACACCUUCCACCGGCAUACUGCCAAUUUUAAAAGCAGGCUUAGAUCUUAGCGCUGGAUAUCUUUUACUAUCAGAUAUAUAUAAUAAAGUUCUGUAUAUACUAAGUAUUACAAAAGAUACCGGAAAAAUUUUAGCAUCUGUAACUACAAUAUCAGAGUUCCUGCUGCCAUAUCCAAUACUGAGCUUCGGGAUCGUCGACGCUGGUAUGCGCAAAAUACGUCCCACUGGCGAAUCAUUGGAAGACUUAUGUCCAGUUGACGAAGAAGUUGAAGAGCAACUUGUUAUUCAGAUGUAUCUAGUUCAACCAAAGUCUCUACAAGAGUGUCACAUCGCUUUUAGACCUGCUUCGCAAGCGAGCGGUCGUAGCCUCAUGGAUACACUGGCUCAAGAUACAUUGGACUAUUCCGAAGAAUUAUCAAAUAUAGGGACUGUUAAUCAUAAUGGAAUCUCAGGAGAGAACUGCGAAGAAGAUCUUUCGUUAUCUACUACAAUCGAUGCAGCAACGAACCACAAUACCGGAUUGAAUUUAAUGACGCCCGACGCGUUCAGUUCACCUGCCAAGAAAGAGAAUAAUGAACUUGAUUCUCGUCCUUGUAGUCCUGAAUUGGACAAGGUGUUAUCUCCUAGUCCUUCCCUUGCACAAGCUGUGCAAGCUCUAAAUGCAACGGAUCCUCCACUGGUCAAGAACGAACUAGAAGAACAAGCACCAGCUAGUAGCGGUAGUAGUCCAUCUAGAGAAGUCAGAGAAAUUCUGUCUCUUACAAAGCCAGAUGAAGAACCUGAAGCUGAAAAGGAGCCAGAAAGUACCAACUAUGAGGAUACCAAUUAUGACUGGCCUAUGCCAAUGGAAUUAUUUCAGUUGCGAGAACCUGAAGGAUACACGAGUGAAGAUGAGAAAAAGGUAAAAGACGAAUCGAAGUCAACGACGCAUACCACAGGAGAUGCUGAAAGCACUUGGCAAGUGGCAAAUGAACUAAAUACGCUUGAAUUAAUAAAUAAAUUAGAAUCUAUUUUGGAAAUAAUUCAAGAUCAACGACAAGAAGUUAGAGAACUACGCACAGAAGUAACUAGGUUAGGGCAAGAAACGCCGAUAUCGACGCGGGUGGAAUCUGCUUUAGCAAAAGCGUCUCAACAGCAAAAUGCAACGUUAGAGCAAACAUUAUACGGCCAAAUGUCACGCCAACAUGAAUUUUUCAAUACACUUGAAACAACGAUCAAAGAUAAAAUCGAAACUACCCUGCCACGCAUCAUCGAAGACACGGUAGAACCAUUGAAGCAUCAACUUAGGCUAGAUUCCGCUCGAAUGGAUGAACUUUUAAAAGAAAACUUAACGGAAUUGAUUAAUAGUUCUCAUGUCAAAGACACGCUCGCGUUAGCAGCAGCAAACGCGGCAAAACCAGCAUUAGAUAUGGCAUUUAAAGAAACCUUCACGAAUAUUAUUUUGCCAGGAAUGGAGAAAGCAUGUCAAACUAUGUUUAGACAAGUACAAGAUGCCUUCGAUAGAGGUACUCGCGAAUAUCUUGAAAAUGUGGAUGUUAUCGCAGACAAGCAGUACCAACAACGAAAUGAACAACAAAGUGAAACGUUGUCUGCGUUAAUCCGCGAAGAACUACAAACCGAGUUAAACAGGUGUUUAAAUGCUCUACAAGAAGAAACAACACGUACAAUUCGUGAUUGUAUCAGAGAUAAUUUAAAUCAACAGCUUACCGAGCUUACGAAUGCACGUUCACGAGCAACUACUCCUGCUAUAACAGUACCUGCAGUAGCCGAUGCUCAGGCACGAGUAAUAUCCCUUCUUCAAAGAGGACAAUUGAAUGCUGCUUUUCAACAAGCUCUAAGUGCAAGUGAUUUGGGUUUGGUAGUAUUAGUUUGCGAAAAGACAGAACCCGCCAGAGUAUUUUCUUGUUCUGUUGGACCACAGGGCCAAAGUUCAAGAUGUAUUUUACCACAGCCUGUAAUACUUUCGCUAGUACAACAAUUAUCUGCAGACUUAGGACACCGUACAGAACUGAAGCACAGGUGGCUCGAAGAAGCAAUAUUAAACUUGGAUCCCAAUGAUCCAGUGACGCGAGAACAUAUGGGCACAGUGUUAAUUACCUUACAAAAUCAAUUAAGUGCAUUCGUUACAGCUAAUCCAAAUCACAGUUCUACUCGACGUAUGAAAAUGUUAGCUAUGGCUGCACGUGCACUAUUAAACCAACAUCCUUGAUGUUAGAUACCAUCUGGAGUAGAAAGAACCCGUUAAUAAUAUGACAUCAGGUUUUAUACGUUUCGUUAAAAAAAUACCUUUAAUCUGAAAUCAAUAUCCACAAUUGUCGUAUUUAAGACUGGCAGAUAUUAACAUAGAUUGUGAACAAAAUAUUAUAUAAAUUUAUUAUCAGUA